GUUCAUUCUAAAUUCAUUGCUUCUAUCUAGUCAACGGAGUCAGUAAAUUACAUAUCAACUUGUCAAAGUUACCCUUUUCUCGUUCUCUAACGGAACCGAUGUUUCAGUCAAAAAAGUCAAUUUCUUUCCUACUAUUGAUCUUUUGCACAACAAUUUACUGUCAGUUAACCAUCUUUGACCCUGAAACCGGUAAACAUUAUCCAAUAUCAGAUUCUUCUCGUGCACAAGACAUUCCAUUUCUAUUGCCUGAUCCUGAUCCUAAAGAGUACCCUCCAGAAUUCCUUAACUCCUUACUGAAACAUUGUAAUGAUCCUAUGCCUGGUUACGUUGAAUUAUUUUCAAAAGCUUGGAUCGCUUUCAAAGAAAUGGGUUUCAACUGGUCAAAACAUUCAAACUCUCUCUUCUUUGUUCGUCGUAUCAUCGCUGCUAUGCGUCCCUUACAAGUGUUUCAUGCCAUAUUGACAGGUUUAUUACUUACCUUACUUCGAGCUUAUAUUACAAGAAAACUUUUUAUGAAACUUAUUUCCAAUGUCGGCGUAACUCCAGAAGUUUCUGGCAAACUCAUCGAAUCUAGUUGGAAAGGUUUUUGGUUCUUAUGUAUGUGGCUUUUUAGCCUGAAAGUCGUAUUUUUCAGUGGCAGAACAGAUUUCCAGUACCCCUUAUGUGCCUUUCGUGAUAACAAAUUUACAGUUGGCUACUUUGACAUUCCAACUCCACCGGACUACUAUUGGCUUUAUACAUUACAAUUGGGCUUCUAUCUACAUUCAUUAUGGAGUGUAUUUUUUAUGGAUUCAUGGCGUAAAGAUUCUGCUGUAUUAGUUCUUCAUCAUUGUCUAACACUUCUACUUCUUGAAGCUUCACUAUUGGUAAGAAUUCAUCGUACAGGUGUUUUAACUUUAUUUCUACACGAUAUAUGUGAUGUAUUUUUGGAAUUCGGUAAAGUAAAUGUUUAUUUACGUAUUCGACACGGAAAAACUUAUUCUAUUCACAUGACUAUUGCUAACAUAUUUUUUGCAUUAUUUGCUACAUCAUGGGUUGUUUUACGACUUUAUUUGUUUCCAUUGAAAGUUUUGUACUCUACUUCAUGGGGAGCUUAUAUUUCUUUAGUUGGUCGAGAAAAUCGUGGUUUUCUAUUCUUUAAUUUAUUGUUAUGGAGUUUAUUUGUCAUGCAUAUCUAUUGGUUUACGUUCAUUGUACGAAUGGCUAUUCGACUAUUAACAAGUCCAUUAGAAGCAUGUGAAGAUAUACGUGAAGAUGAUUCAAUUGCAAAAGUUGAUAAUCUAAAUUGUUGUAAUCAUAAAAUUUCCAGUGAAACAAUUCUAAACAAUAAUCAUAAUCAUAUCAUCACUACAAAUACUACUGAUGAUAUUACUGACAAAUCGUAUAUUGUUAAACAGAUUAAACGAAUAGAUAGUAAUCAUACUAAUCAUAUUGAUAAAUCCUUGGCAAAUGGAAAUACAUGCAUAUCAAAUAAGUGCAAUUAAAUUUUUUUUUAAAAAAUGGAUAUUUAUUAUAGACAAUUUAAUAGGAUGAAUUUGUACAUAGAAACAUAUACGUAUCUACAAGGAAAACUAUUAUUUUGAAUAAUAUAAUAUACACUAACUCUCCUUACAUAACUUAUGAACCAAUUCGAUGAAAUACGUUUGUUGUUUUCAACUGUGUUAUUUAUCCAAUGCUUAUUUUCUGUGCUCUUUGCUUUAUUUUAAUAUUCUAUGCACAUAUCCAUUCUCUGAGUAUAAAUUAAUUUUCUAAAAAAAAGAUUCAAGUUUUCUUUUUCAGUUUUGUAUAUUUUUAAUUGUCUGUUUGUUUAUUUUUUGGACAAAAACUAUCAUUUCACACUAUACAUUGAUUGAUUUGUUCACAAUGUGAUAGGUACACACACACACACACCCAUACAUAUAUACUUAUUUUGGUUAAUUAUGAACCAACAUUUUUUUUAAAAAAAAAUUUCGACUAUUUCCAUACGGGACUUUUCGUAUAUUUCAAAUUCAAAUAUCACUAUUUAUUAUAACAAUGAAGUGAUGUUCUAACAUUAUUGAUCAUAUUGACAUAUGAUCAAAAAAAAAUCUUUUUUCGUUUUGUUUGUUUCCCAAGAUAAAAAAAAACUUACAUUAUCUUUAUAAAAACCAGAUAUAAUUGUUAUUUGUUAUUUUGUCUUUCUGUGAUGUUUUUUCUUUUAUGUCGAGACAUAUCUGCAUGAUUCAUGUGUAUAUGUAUACACACUUACUCUCAAAUGGAAGUUCAAUAAUCUUUAAACGGUAUAGUCACUAUUAUUGUGUAGUAAAAAAAAUGAUAAAACUGAGAUUGAGGUAAAACAAAAAGAACAACCAGUUUGUACUUCACUGCUUCCUCCUCUAUUGUCCAACUGUGAAGUAGGUUAGUUAAUAAAAUACCUCCCUUUCUCUUUCCACUUAAUCUCCAUCUAUUGAAUGAUACAUAAUGAUAGUAUCAAUAUUCUCUGUUUGUUUGUUUGUUUUUUAAUGUAUAAUUUUGGCCUUCUACUAUUUUCAUCAUUUCUACUUUUAUUAUACUUUUGGAAGGUUUUUGUCUUUGAUUUUUCUUUUUGGAUUGUUGUUCACACCUUUUUGUAUUGUGAUAAAACAAAAACUUGAAUUAAUGAUAUCUAAAUGAAAAGAAAUUCACUAGAAAUAAUAGUAUUGUUUUAUUUUAUUUUGUCAUUAGCCAAGUGUUUAAGAGUGUUCAUUCAACCUUCUACCAACUAAUCUUGUGAUCCAAAGCCUGAUCCAUCAACUUUGGUAUUGGCAACCUGAGCGCAUACCUAGAAGUCUGAUGUAUAAGUUAAUUAAAACAAGAAUUUUAAAUGUUUCAUUCGUUCGCAA